UGAAGACUAGAUGUACUAUAUUUCAAUACAAAGGCACUUACGCCCUAGUGUUCAUAUAGAGAGCAUUUUAAAGCCCUUAUAAAAGCUUUCAAAACUACAAUACGAAACAACACGAGAGAGAGAGAGAUGGCCAAAAGCAAAGUGUUGAUAGUUGGGGGAACUGGGUACUUGGGAAAGAGGCUAGUGAAGGCAAGUUUGGAAGAGGGACAUGAAACAUAUGUGGUUCACAGGCCUGAGAUUGGAGUUGAUAUUGAGAAAAUUCAAAUGCUUUUGUCGUUCAAGGAGAAAGGAGCUAGACUAGUGUCGGCUUCUUUCAUUGACCAACAAAGCCUUGUCAACGCCGUCAAACUUGUGGAUGUGGUCAUCUGCGCCAUUUCUGGUGUCCAUAUCCGAACCAACCAUAUUCUUCUUCAGCUCAAGCUUGUUGAUGCUAUCAAACAAGCUGGAAAUGUUAAGAGGUUUUUGCCAUCUGAGUUUGGAACUGACCCUGCAAGAAUGAAGAAUGCAGUAGAACCGGGAAGAGUAACAUUUGAUGAAAAAAUGAUAGUGAGGAAAGCCAUUGAAGAUGCAAACAUUCCAUUUACGUAUAUUUCUGCUAAUUGCUUUGCUGGUUACUUUCUUGGUGGUUUAUGUCAACCCGGUCACAUUAUUCCCUCAACGGACUCUGUGCUUUUGCUUGAAGAUGGCAACAAAAAAGCAAUAUAUGUUGACGAAGAUGACAUAGCGAGAUACACAAUCAAAACCAUAGAUGACCCACGAACUCUGAACAAGACGGUGUACCUUAGACCACCAAAGAAUAUUUUAUCCCAAAGAGAAGUUGUUCAAGUUUGGGAGAAGCUGAUUGGCAAAGAGUUACAGAAAUCUUCAGUCUCCGAAGAAGACUUUCUAGCCAAAUUGAAGGAUCUAAAUUAUGCUGAGCAAGUUGGAUUGGGGCAUUACUACCACGUGUGUUUCGAAGGUUGUCUUGCAAACUUCGAAAUAGGCAGCGAAGGCCUCGAAACCACUGAGCUUUAUCCAGAAGUGAAGUAUACUUCAGUGGAGGAGUACAUGAAGCGCUAUGUGUAAUAAAUUUAUAUAUAUAUAUAUAUAUUUAUAUUUUAUGUGUGUGUGAUAUUAUAGUGAUGCAUCCAAUGUACUUGGAUAUUUAUAUGACUGUUUAUUGUCAUAAAUUUUCUAUAUAUAAAUGUCUAUUUUGCAAUACCUAAUAAUAAUCAAGCUGUUCUUUUUUUGUUGUGCAA